CUAUAAGUGUUGAAUCAUCAUCAGUAAUUUGUCCACAAUACACGAGUAAAGCCAAAUUAAUUAUCCAAUUUUCUUAGUAUAUAACAUGCGAACCCCGUCAAAAUGUCAGUUCAAAAAAUUUAUACUGGUGCUGGAAAUGUGUUCGAAGUUGGACAUGUCGGAACAAUUACCACCACAACCAUAACUAACAUUUUCCACAGUACUGAGAAGCGCGGUCCAAUAUAUUUCAAUGUUUGUAGUCCCGAACCCCCAUUUAUUGGAAGGACAAGAGAACUGAAGCUUUUGGACGAAGCAAUACAGCGUAAUGUCAAUUCUACCGCAAGCAUUGAAUCGCAUAUAACCGUUGUGUCUGGCCUGGGAGGUAUUGGCAAAACGCAAUUAGUGCGCGAGCAUGUGACUCAAAAUAAGUCCAAGUAUGACAACAAUGUCAUAUGGAUCAAUGGCGAUCGAGAAGAAUCCAUUGUGGAUACAUUCAAACUGUUAGCCAAUGACAUUUUAACUAUUCCAAUUGUUGGAGCAAAUGGAACUGAGAAAAAUAUUCUGUCUAUCGUCCGAGAUGUGUACGAUUGUUUUUGUGGUGAGAAUAUCUUAGUUGUCUAUGACAAUGUCGAGAGUAUGGAGAGUGUCGGAAAGUUUUUACUGUUUGGAGCAAAUACUCGACCCUAUUUCUUGAUUACGUCAAGAUCUCGGUAUUGGCAUUGGGGAAUUGCAGCUAUACAUUUAAGUGAGUGGCAGCCGAAUGAAGCGAUUGACUUUGUUUCGGCUAUAAUAGAUAAUGCCCGUGAAAACGCCGAAGAUGUUAGGCUUCUCGCAGAUGAUCUACAAUACUUCCCAUUAGCUUUGAGACAAGCAACGUCAUACAUUUUUCAUAGGGAAGACACAAUCGGUAACUAUCGUACCAAGUAUGAAAAACAAAAGAAACAACUUCUCGACUCGAAAUUGUUUCAAAAUUCUGUUAGCGGGUACGCAGAAACAACAUUUACAACAUGGAACAUUACAAUGACGAGCAUAGCACAAGACACCGACUUUGGAUCAUUAGCAAUCAAGAUCCUAAACACAAUUGCCUACUUCCAUGCGGACAACAUAAGUCGUGCAUCACUUAUCCAUCUCACCGAUGAAGUAAAAGAAUCAACAGGUCGUAACCUCGGAAAAUAUUUUAUUCGACUGUUGGUUUCAGAAGUGUUUAGCCUACCUACCGUAUCUCAAAAUGGAAGGAAGAAAUCAUCACCCGUUAACAAAGAAGAGCUUUUGGAAUCAGCCGUAGGGCUGCUCAUAAAAUAUUCAAUGAUUACCAGCCAACAGAGCCAAACUAUAUUGAGCAUACAUCGAGUAGUGCAAGAUGUAAUUAAGGUAUCGUUGAAAAUGAAAGAUGAGGAGAAGAAAGUCUUACGAAAUGCACUUCUACUUAUAGAAAAGCUUAUGAAGCGCGUUCAGCAUACGACCCAUGCCAUGUCAGUAUUCGAACAUUCAAUGGAAUAUCCCGAACUAGCGCGGGAGUUUUGUGAACUACCGAAUACAAUUUUAAUGAAUUUGAUAACCAAUUCAUUGAAAGAAGACGCUCCCAUUUUCGUCAAUCGAUUUGUGGAAAGGUUUGAAACGAUUUUAGGACUCAACCAUCCCAUUUUAGAGAAAAUCGCUUUUCAGUUACGAUACGUGAACGCGUACAAUUUCAGUCGCUCCCUCUCAAUUAAUGAGACCGGAUACAAAAUGUAUGAAGAUUUGUAUAAAAUGAGAGCGGUAGAACUUGGCCAUCAAGACGUUGAUACAAUGAUGGUAAAAUUCGAAAUCGGACAAAUUUUUCUCCGAAUGGAGAAAGGGCAUGAAGCAUUUUCAAUAUUGGAAGAAGUUAAACAGCAAAUGGAACUUUCAUUGGGUUCCGCACAUCCAGAGACUAUUGCUUCUGAAGAGAUUAUUGCAGUUUCAUACAAGCAGACUGGAUUGUAUGCCGAAGCAUUGCAAGACAAGAGAAAUAUACGGAGGCGUUAG